AUGGCACUCCUGCGAGCAAACCCUCUGCGCAUCAUGGCAGGGAGCCGGCUGAUGGCUGGUGGCACUUCGCUGCGCUCCCUCUCCUCCAUCACGACGAGUAGCUGGUCCUACCCGCCCUCUGCAUCGGAUGUAUCUAAUGACGAGAUCACUCGCCUCUCUACGAGUCCCCGUCGGCCCUUGACGCUGGCAGAUCUGCUCCGACAUGGCCGGCCGCCGCUCACGAGAGAUGCCCUUCUUGCAUCGGCAAACUUCACCCUCUCUCUCCUCCCUGCCAGGCUGGCCUGCCGCAUCCAGGCUCUGCGGAACCUGCCCUUCAUCGUUGUCUCGAACCCCCAUAUCUCCCAGAUCUACAACAACUACCUUCACUCGUUCACUACCUUGCUACCGUUUCAGAAGCGCCGGAUCUCAACCGCAGAGGAAGAGAAACAGUUCACCGAGAUCAUGGCGGAUCUGGUGCAGACACACGACAAUACAAUUCCAGUGCUAGCCCGUGGGUUUCUAGAGUGUCGUAAAUACAUCAGUCCUGCCGAAGUGACUGCAUUUUUAGAUGAACAUCUCAGGGCACGCAUCGGCACUCGUCUGAUUGCCCAGCAACACCUGGCACUGCACCAUGCCUCCCUCUCGGAAAAUGGUGAACUCUUGACCUCGCGGGACAAGAAUGUGCCGUCUAACUAUAUCGGUGUAAUCGAUACGGCUCUUAAACCUGCCCGUUUGAUAAAAGUGUGCGAGGAGUUCGUGGCCGAAAUAUGCGAGCUCAAGUAUGGCGUCCGCCCUAGAGUAGUUAUCGACGGAGAGCCCGAAGCAACAUUCGCCCAUAUCCCCGUCCACGUCGAGUACAUACUCACCGAACUGUUAAAGAACGCCUUCCGAGCAACAGUUGAGGCCGGAAACGAGCGUGAGCCUAUUGAAGUAACCAUCGCCUCGGCACCCAACAUGCCGUCAACCAACAGUAUUGAGCAGGCUGUACCUGAACUCGAGAAAAGCCCAAACUCCCUUGGUACAAGCUCCCAGAAUGACUUCCAGAUGAGUCUGGGCGUGCACAAAGGACGACCCUUAGGGCCAGGUCCGAUGUUCGAACCUCUCAAGUCAUCUGCACAGAGCAUCACAAUUCGCAUUCGGGACCGAGGAGGUGGCAUCCCUCCUGAGAUUCUUUCUGAUAUCUGGUCCUAUAGCUACAGCACCUUCAACUCGGAUGAACUUCCAGUUAGUGACAAUGGGAACGUUGAUGCCUUGAAUGCGAUUUCCGGCAGCGGUGGCCAUAAUGCCAGCACCAUCGCGGGCCUUGGCUACGGACUUCCCCUUGGACGCGCAUACGCCGAGUACUUUGGCGGAGGUAUCGACAUCCAGAGUCUUUGGGGCUGGGGCACUGACGUGUACCUCACCCUGCAAGGCGUUGGAAAAGUGCAGGGUUAA